AUGCUCAACCAGAUCAGAACUCCCGGACCAGCAGACAUAUUCAUCUCAUGGAUGAGGCAAUGGCCUGAAGCGCCCUUUGUGCGAUACCUAUCCGUUGGCAACUCCGAGACGCUCAUGGUCAAUAAUAUGGCUGCAUUCAAGGAGGUCCAGCAAGCCAAGGCCUACGCCUUCCGCAAAUCGCACUUCGCAGCCCGCAUGUUCUCUCCCAUAACGGGUCACGGACUUAUGUUUUCCGAAGGGGAGGAACGAAAGAAGCAGCGUAAUCAGCUGGCCCGUGCUUUCUCAAACCAGAACACUCGCAAGAUGCUGCCGGUCUUCCAGCUCAAAGCAAAACAGCUAUGCGAAGCCAUCAGCCAGGAACUUGGAGGAGAUGAGACCAAGACCGUCGACAUCGAGGGCUUCCUGAAGAAGGCUAGCCUCGACGUCUUCGUCAUAGGGUCCAUCGGCUGCGACCUCGAGAGCAUUUCCAUCCCGGAAGCCCACUUCUUCGACGUGUACGAGCGCAUCAUCCGCCAGCCGCCUUCGGGUCACAUCGUUACCUUCAUUGACGGUCAUAUUCCUCUCCGUUCCUGGCUGCCUCUGCCGAGCAACAAGAGAUGGCUGAAGGACAUUGCUCUUAUCAGGACCAUGCUCCUUACUUGCGUGGAGAACCGACGACACGAGAUGAUAGCGGAGAAGAAGCUGGGGCUCAACGAGAGUCAGACUGAUCGUCGCGAUAUCCUAACCUUCAUCCUAGAGGACUGCCAGUUCGAUGCAACCCAGACGAACUGGACGGACUUGGAGCUUCUGGAAUACAUGCUUAACUUCAUUGCCGGAGGCCACGAGACGACUGGAUCGACCGCUAUGUGGAUCACGCACAUCCUCGCCACGAAGCCCGAGGUUCAGGAACGUCUCAAGCAGGAAGUCUUUGGCCUUUGCGCCGGCAAGCCGCGAGACUGGGUCCCUACCUACGAGGAACUUGAGCAUCUGGUCUAUGUCAACAACUUCCUCAAGGAGGUCUUGCGCUUCUACUCCCCGGCCAUCUUUCUCCCCCGCGAGGCGGCCGAGGACGUCACCGUCUGCGGCAUCUUCGUGCCCAAGGGCACCCAGGUCACACUCUGCCCUGCCGUCGCGCACUUCAAUCGCCUGGUCUGGGGCGAGACGGCCGAGGUCUUCGACCCGGACCGGUGGGCCGACGGCCGCGCGCCCAAGGACUCGUACGCGAUGGAGGCGUUCCUGCAGGGCCCCGCAGGCUGCAUCGCCAAAAACAUGGCGCUCCUCAACGUCAAGAGCGUCAUCUUUGCCCUCGUGCGCGACUUCAAGUUCUUCCCGCGGCCGGGCUGGGACGGGGUGCUGGAGCUCGCGAACCCAAACUUCACCCUGCGGCCCAAGGAGAGUCUGCGGGUCACGGUGGAGAGGGAAGUCAGAUGA